AAUGAUUAAACACUUGCACAAUUAGUGAAAUGAGACAACACACAUAUAAACAAACGACUAAUUGACAACAUAUCCAUUUCAGGGAUAUUUCAAACCUCAAGCGUACAUUGUGACUUAAGGUAUGUGUAACAUUCUUUCCUGUAACGGUGCUCCAUUGAUUUUAAUUCAAAGCACGGAAGUGUGAUAUUAAGAUGUUUUAUCAUGCCAGCACAGCACAGAUUAAGUACCUCCCACAUUAAGCUGAAAUGCCGUGAUAUGGAAUAAUGUUCAAAGUGGCGUUAAACUCACUCACUCAAAGACACAGCAGAUUUAUUGAUAGUUAUGAAUUUACACUAUCCUUCCAUGUUCAUCCUGAUGCAUAAGUAAAUGCAAAAUGGUAUCAACUUUAAUGAUAUGCAUAACCUGAUGCUAACCUCUUGCCCAGGGCCAAAACAGACAACUGUUGACGACUUCUGGCGAAUGGUCGUUGAGAAGGGGAUAACUAGAGUGGUUAUGCUGACCAACCAUGUAGAGAAGGGCGUGGUCAAAUGUGAAACUUACUGGUUGGACGGAGAUAUUCUUGAUGUGGGAGGAUUCCUGAUUUCUGUCACCCAGAAGCUACAGAGAUCUCACUGGACCUUCAGGAAAAUAAACGCCACGUCUAGAGAGACUGGCGAAAGUCUUGUCGUGAAUCACUUCCACUUUACGGUGUGGUCGAAUGACAGCACCGCAGAUGAACUCGCCCUGGCGGAGUUUGUGUUCCGAGUAAGAAGAACGCCCGACCCGAACAACUCCCCCUUGCUGGUUCACUGUAGCGCUGGGAUCGGCCGAACAGGGACAUAUAUCGCUGUGGAUUAUCUGCUGGAUCAGGGUUUCACUGAUCACAAAGUGGACGUGUUCGGGGUUGUGAAUACAAUGCGACAGCAACGCCACAAUAUGGUACAGAAUGAGAGUCAAUACCUGAGCGUGUAUACCACUCUGUGUGAAGCACUCCUGGUCGGGGAUACGGCCUUGCCCGUGGCAGUAUUUGAGCAAGGAGCUGGUCAGGGUACAUUCACUAUGGGGAACAUCACAGUACCUCAACUAAUACAGAAACUAGGAAGAGAAAAAGGAAAUGCCGAAUCAGAAGGCAGCUACAAGAACAUUGUGAGGGUGAACGGGGGAGCUGAUGCUCUAACAGUCAUGAUGCCAUCCCGACUCUCUCUGAAAGGAUACCUAGUAACUGAAGCUCCCUCCGUCACCACGGCGGCUUCGUUCUGGGAACUCACAACUAGCCACGACUCUUCUACAGUCAUAGUUCUACCAAAGUCACAACAAAUGCUGCCCUGUUUCCUGCCACCUUUGGGGUCCAGCCUCCACUUGACUCCAGUGAGCGUGGAAUGUUCCUCGAAAUAUGAUAUCAGUCCUGACAUCGUUUUGAUAAAUGUGGAAAGAAAACUGGAGGGUGACGUUUCCUCUCGGCCAGUGCGCGUGUAUCUGCUGAAGACCAUCAACCCAAGAGUUGUCCUUGACCUUGUGGCAGAGAUGGAGUCACGAGGUGGAGCAACAACGGCACAGCCAGUUACAAUUAUGUUUGGUGAGGGCGAAAGGCGAAUGGCGACGUUGUUCUGCAUCCUCAGCAACAUCGUGCAGGGCAUGAAGUACGACAACGAGGUGGAGAUCUACAACAACAUCAGGCGACUGGGGCAUCUGCAUGUCAACGAUCUCACACAGGAUGAGAUAUCCGUUUGUUACGACCUGGCCUCGACCUAUCUAGAGACGGAGAAUGUGUACGCCAACAUGUGAAGCACACCAUCUGUAAAACACAUUCCACGUACACUGUUGGGCUUCGCUGUCUAAUGUCUUUGUGAUGAAGAAAUCUUAUCUCGUUAUGUUGGGUCAGAUCAGCAUAAGGAAUCGUUAAAUAUGUAACCCUUGAUGUAGCAAUCUACACAUCACGUUACUCAACAUCAAGGUAACUGCAACAGAAUAUCUAGACAUCCACUAUACCACUAUAUUUAAUGUGUUUAUAGUCCAAUGAUUAGUUAAUUGAGAGUAGUUUGCUUCUUUGUCCAGAUUGAAAAAAUUGGAUAUUGAAAUACUGUAUGUGUUGUAUGUUCAGAAAGUAGACGCUGUAGUAACUGUAAGAGAACAUGUAUGAAGCUAUUUCAGGGAUGUUACGGGAUUACUUAAUAAUUGGUAUUGACGUGUUUGUAAAUAAUCAUGACUUUUCUUUACACAUUGCAGCAAUUGAAUUUUAUAUAUGAAUAAUAUAUGAUUUGAUUUGUGUGUACAUUAUUUCAUAGUGAUGAAAUAUACUGUCACAUGCACCACUUGAUUUAUUGAUCUUAUAUGACUUUGUUUAUGGAUUUGAACGUUUACAAUUUCCACCAUGUGGAUGCUAUUAUGUUAUUGCGUACUACUAAACGUCACAGAUUAUGCUUGUUACGGUGUUUAAGUUUAUCAUCAGAAUAGACGACAUGUAAUAUCACAUUUUAUGACUGCUCUCAUGCCAAUAGUUUCUCAUUGUAUUUCAGUUGUUUCUCUGCUUAUGAUUUCAACUGUUUUUCGGUUUAACUCUUCACAUAUAACUUGUUAUAACAUUUAAUCAGACGCCAUCUAUAGACAUGUGCCAUUUCAGAGAUAGCUUAUGAUUAUGGAAAGGGUUUUGUCGUGUCAUUGAUUGGAAUUCAAAGGAUUGAUGUUUAAAGGUUAUCUUUCCAACAUGAAUGUAUUUACUUUAUUGCUUUGUAUUAAACACCAACU